CCCUUCGCCGGCUAAAACCUCUCUUCCACCUCAACAAUUCCCACUUUUCAUGAUCGGAGAAACUUGUCACACAGAUUUUCAGAUUUGGGAUUUAAAAUGAAUUUCAUUACCUUACGUUCACUCCAAACUCUGUAUCGCACACCAAAGAUUCGUCCAUUUACUUCUCCGAUUGGAAGUUCAGCAAACUAUUCAUGUGGCAUUACAAAUGUUAGUCAAUUGGGUAUUCAGAAAACUUCUUCUUUCCUCAGUAACAGUCACUCUGCUUUUUCACUGGCUCGGGGACAUAAAAUGAUCGUAUGUUCUGCCGUGGCUGCCGAGUUUUCAGUAUUCUCGCAUGGCAUUGGCGUUAGGUUGGUGACAACGCAAGCAAAAGCCCCUCCACAAGCACGUCAAAAGGUUGCCCUCAAAGUUUCCAUGUUAAGUCCUGGAUUCAUCUAUGAACCUUAUUCACCUCGUCAGCAAAUCCCAUUUUGGCAAAGAUGGUUCACAAGAAGUGGUUGGAAAAGAACAAAAGAUGAUAUCAUCUUAGAGCUAAAAAGUGCUUAUGCAAUAGCAAAAUUAAGAAAGAAGGGGUACUCAAAGAAACAAUUUUACGAAGAGGCAGCCAUUUUAUAUAAAGAGAUAAACACUUUAAUAGCAAAUGGUGACAAAACAUCGUUGAGGAAAGCAGUCACAGAGAAUAUGUAUUCUGCAUUGAAGAAUGAAAUCAAACUCAGAGAAUCUAAAUGGAGCAAAGUUUACUGGGAAAUGAUUGUUCCAGUUGUCAAAGUCCGCACAUUACGAGCUAGACUGAUUGGUGUUGAUCGAAGCGACCUUGAAAAGGUUUUCGUACAGCUUACCCUUGAGAUUCUUGCCAAACAGAAGUUUGAAGCAUAUAAUUCUGAAGGAGCUGUCGUUGCUGGAGAUAAAUCUAAGGAGGUGCUUGUACGUGACAUCUGGGUAUUUGAGAAAUCUCUUUUUCACGAGGGAGCUUUUUGGCGUCUCUGUGGGAGAAUUCCAACCUAAUAUCAUCUUCUUCAACCUCAAAUCCCUCUUUACCCAAUUUUGUAGAUCCACAGGUUGUUUCCUUCAUGAUUUUGUUAUUAUUUUAUCAUAUACGAUUCAGGUGUCCUAAAUUAUGCCAUCAAUAGGCGAGAGAUUCCUAUGAUUCUUAGUUUUAAUGAUUCUUGACUUCCUUGUUCAAGCCGUCUCUAGAGAUGAUCGUGACAGUGAUUAUUCAAAUACAUGUUUUACUGCUUUCUCAGGUGUACUUUCACUAGGAAAAUCCCUUACCCUGAAAACCAUUUUAAGAACAUUUAUAGUUGUUUGUUUUGUUA